CUUCAAGCUCAUUCAUUCUCCAAUAUGGUUGUACCCCACCUUCUUGCUACGUACCUUAAUGUGCUUCAUGCAAUAGGAGCAACCCACAUAGUCGGAGACACUGAUGGAUGGACACUCUUCACCAAUUCCUCCAACUGGGUCCAGGGAAAAGAGUUUCACGUUGGCGAUGUCCUUGAGUUCAAUUACGAAAAAGGCUUGCACAAUGUGAUGCAAGUGAAUUCAACAGCCUAUGAAGGAUGCAUAAAAGACACGUACAUGGGACUGUUUACAGGCGGUAAUGACUCGCUGUUCUUAUCAGAGGUUGGCCGAAUCUGGUUCAUAUGUGGAGUAAGUGAUCACUGUGAAAAUGGCCAGAAGUUGACCAUCAAUGUGGUUCCAUAGAUUUGGAGGAACACCAGAACACGUGCCCAUAUUAGUUUCUUGAAUUCCUUGAAUAAAUCAAACUGCUGUUUCUUAAGAGUUCUCCAAAUAAAACACAAAUCUCACAAACUGAGGAAGUUCAGUUUUUCUGUUACAAAAAAUGUCAUGCAAUAACCAGACAUUCUUGGUCAACACAAAUUAUAGAAAUGCACACCCA